CGGUCACACUGAAAGUCAACCAUCAAAAAAUAUUUCACAGAAUUGCGUUGUCUUUUGUUUUUUCAUACCCAAAUUUUUCAGGCGGUACUUUUCGCCGCCUAGAAGUCUAAGAUCCAUAGUAAUCCCAAUUCCGCGAAGAGCAAGCGGAGCACUGGAUUCGCUGCGCUGCGUUUGUUGAAUAAAGUAGAUUUUGCAAAACACAGAACCCAAGUAAAACGUGCACACGGGUGCAUAUAAGCAAAAACAAGUUCCGUAAAAGUAAACUUAAAUAGUAAACUGCGAGAUGCCCAAGCGCGGCGGCGGAGGUGGCCAUCGUUAUAAUAACAAUAGCGGCAGCGGCAAUGGCGGAGGAGGCGGUGGCGGCGGCGGUGGACGUUAUUCCGCGCUCAAAGACUUUGAUGAGUUGGAGGAUCACCAGCGCCGCAAGGAUCGCAACAAGCGUCGCGUCAGCUUUAAGCCGCCACAAUAUCCGCAAAACAAAAAGGAUAUCAAGCUGCGUCUGGACGAUGUACGUCGCUGGGACGAGGAUGAUGACAUGAACGAAAUGACCACAGCAGCCAGGGAACGUCCCACUUCCCGGCGACGCGGCUCACCCAUACCCCGCGGCAGAUUCGGCAAACUAAUGCGCAACACCUUUGGCUGGUACCAAGUAACGAUUCACAAUGGUCAGAUCUAUGACAAGGAGACCCUCCUGCGGGCCAUUAUGGCAGCCAUGUCGCCGCAUGUCUUCAUCCCCCAAUAUUGGCGCUCGGAGCGCAGCAGUGUCAUGUUCUUUACGGAUGACUACGAGGUGGCCGAGCGUAUCCAACAUUUGGGCAGGAAUGCCCAGCUCCCAGAUGGAUUCCGUUUAAUGCCACGAGUGCGCAGUGGUAUACCGCUAGUGGUCAUCGACGAUAAUCUCAAAGAGAAGAUGAAGUUGGUUAUGGCCAAGCGUUACAAUAUACAGACCAAGGCCUUGGAUCUGUCGCGCUUUCACACCGAUCCCGAUCUCAAGCACAUCUUCUGUCCGCUGUUCCGCUCGAACGUGAUGAGCACUGCCAUGGACAUUAUAUGCGAGAAUAUACCCGAUCUGGAGGCCAUUAAUCUCAAUGAUAACUGCAUGUCCAGCAUGGAGGCAUUCAAGGGAGUGGAGAAGCGUAUACCCAAUCUCAAGAUUCUAUAUUUGGGUGAUAAUAAGAUUCCCUCACUGGCCCACUUGGUGGUGUUCCGGAAUUUGAACAUCCUGGAGUUGGUGUUGAAGAACAACCCAUUCCGCUCCCGCUACAAGGAUCAUCAUCACUAUAUCAGCGAAACCCGUCGCAAGUUCCCCAAAUUGCUUAAAUUGGAUGGCGAGACCCUGGGCCCGCAGGUCGACUUCGAUCUGGUCGAUUCGGGACGCAUGCCCGAGCCCAAGGCCUCCUUCCUGUGCGACAAUGCCGGUGCUGAGGUGGUGCGCCAGUUUCUCGACCAGUACUUUCUCAUCUUUGACUCGGACAACCGUCAGGCUUUGUUGGAUGCCUACCACGAGAACUCCAUGCUAUCCAUAACCAUGCCCUCGGCCAGUCAGGCGGGCAGACUAAACAACUUUUGGAAAUUCAAUCGCAAUCUGCGCCGUGUGGUCAACAAUGAUAGGGAUGACCACCGCACCCGCCAGCUGAAGUACGGCCGCCUGGCCUGCGUGUCCACCUUGGACGAGUGGCCGCGUACCCAGCACGAGCGUCGCACCUUCACCGUUGAUCUGACCAUUUACAAUGCCUCAAUGAUGGUCUUCACCGUAACCGGUUUAUUCAAGGAGCUUAGCCGUGAAACCAACAAUACCAACUACGAUCUGCGCCACUUUGCCCGCACAUUUGUGGUGGUGCCACAGAACACGGGGUAUUGCAUUCGCAACGAGACCAUCUUUGUGACCAGUGCCACCAAUGAGCAGUCACGCGAGUUUAAGCGCUCGCAGCAUCAACCGGCUCCCGGAGCCAUUGCCUCAACAAGUGCCGCGGCUGCCGCUGCCGCUGCAGCUAGCUCCCCUACGGGAGGCCUGCAGGGUCGCCUGAAUCCCGUUGGUGUGGGCAAUGUGGCAAACGUGGCUAUAUUGCCAGGAGCUCAAUUGGGCACCACCAGUCCGUUGGCCACUGGUGGAGGAGCACCAGCAGCACCGGCAGUAGCCGCUGGCCCAGUUGCGCACGAUGAGAAUACGAAAAUGCAAAUGAUACAGGCCAUGUGUGCCCAGAGUCAGAUGAAUCUGGCCUGGAGUCGCAAAUGCCUGGAGGAAACCAAUUGGGACUACAACCAUGCCGCCUAUGUGUUCGAGAAGCUCUUCAAGGACAACCAGAUACCGCCCGAGGCCUUUGUUAAGUAAAUGCAUCAAAUGAAUGCAUCUAGAGUAACGGAAGCAGAGAGAAUAGAGAAUAGGGAGCACAGAAUGGGGGGAAUAGAGAACAGAAAGGCCAGGUCACAGGAUACAAGCCAAGUAUCUUAAUCGUAAAGCAGCACAGCAAGCCAGAAAUACGUUAAUAUAAUGUUAAUGAUCCUGUAUAUGUACACACACUCUUUUUGUUUGUUUAUUUUUGUUUACACUUCUUCAUAUUGUAAUAAAUAAGAGCAUGCGUGUGAUCAUAAGCUGGGCCACUCCUGUGUAAUGGCCAAUCGCGAACCCAACCGGUUUUGGAUAGGUUUAUUUCACCCGCCUUAAGUUCUGUCAAUUCCCUUUAGUUUUCGUUUAGGAAUUGUUCUAGCGCCCUAAGCACCCCCCAACACCCCCAGCCAAUGCUGAAAUGUAAAUGUUGUAUCAAAAAGCAAACAGCUAGAAAAAAAAAUAUAUAUAUAUUUAACACGAAACUGUAAAACGAAGGCCUCAACCCGAGAGUUUGUCAGUCCCCCACCCGGUACCUAAACCUUUCCUCCAUCCUUAAUAGCCCCCCUUAAGGCUAUUAAGGAUGGUAAGGUUAAUUCGGUGCAAUACGGGCCAUUUUUCAAAAAUUUAUAGCAAAACGGCUAAAGUUUGGUGAAUAAAUUAAAAAUUAAGUUCCAAUUGAUUAAGAGUUGCGGUAUAUAGGAGAUAUAUACUUAACAUACUUAUUACCUGUAAGGCUCACGAAAAAUAAAUAUAUCGGAAGCAAAUGUAAA